AAAGUCCUACUAUAUAGCACACGAACUAUAGUCAGUAUCCUGUGAUAAACCAUGAUGGAAAAGAAUAUAAAAAAGAAUGUCUCUAUGUGUAUAACUGAGUCACUUUGCUGCACAGCAGAGAUUGGUACAGCAUUGUAAAUCAACUCUACUUCAAUUAAAAAAAAGAAUUCAUCUGUAAACAAUAGAGCAUGCAAAAAUCCUUCUCUCCAUGGAGCUCACGUUCUAACUGGUGGUAUGCCCUUUCCCUGUUGUCCAGAUGCUAGGACGAGCUUGUCCUGCCUGGAAGCCGUUCCUGACUGCUUCAGCACAGGUUCUUUCUCCUGCAUUUUUAGAGGCACCUGUUACCUGUUCCUCCCUUUUGACAGACAUUGUCUUGUAUUCUUGGUGCUCUUUAUGUGUGAAUAUCUUAUCUCCUCGAGUUCAUUAGAAGCUUCUUGAGAGAGGAGACCAUGUCAUUUGUUCAUGAAAAGGUUUGUGUACCCACGUAUAUACCCUGCCUUGUGUACACUGUCUUAAAUGUUUGCAGUUAGGCCCCUAAUAAAUAUCUUUCAUUGAUUUGAGGGCAUUUUGUGGCUCUCCGUUUUAUCAAGUACGGUCACCCUAAGACCGUGCUAUACCGUUAGGCAUCAAAGCGUUCUUUAAAGAUCCUGCGUGACUGUGUCACUACUGGUGCUGCUACUUAACCCUCUGCUGAGGAACCAGCCACAUGCCGAGCGCAGCCUCUGCCUACACCUCAUCAGCUGAGGAGAUCACCUCUGCGAUAUUCUAUCUGAGGUUCGCAAGUCUUGACUGUAACACUGAUUCUGUUACUCAGAGGAGCAGAAGGUACCAGGCGGAGGAGAAGGCCUGCUAAUUACGUCUGUAGUUGAUUCUUGUGUGCACCUCUCCAUCAGAGACUGGCAUCUAAGACAUCAGAGUGCCUUGAUUUCUUGCCUUUAUUUCUGAGUUGAGGCUAAUGAGUGUCCAUCGUAAAACUCAUCUCCGUAUUAGUAGGACUGCAAAAGGAGGUUAUGGCUUUGGCGGGUCAGUUGCACCCCUUUGCAUGGCCAUUCGAUGACAGUCAGUGGCUGAGGCUGGAACACACUCCGUCAGGGGCUAGAGAACUGAGCAAAGGCGCCUGCUCCCAGCCUGGGAGCCUCACCUUACUGGCCUCAUGUGCUGACAAAGGGAAUUGGCUUCCAUUUAAAGGUAAAAGUUGAGGGAUGGAGUUCUGGGUUUUUUUAAAUUUUGUUUCCAGUGGCUGUAGUCGACAGGCAGACCUCUGAGGCCUCCUGCCCCAGGUUCAAAUCUUGCCUCUGCCACUUAACCAGCUGUGGAAGCUUGAGGAGGGCAAUUAAUUUCUUUUUAAAACGGUGCUAGUAACAGUACUUACCUUAGUGGGUCCUUAUAAAGCUUGGAUGAGUUUUUAUAUGCGGGCAUAGUAGGCCCACAUAGAGAUGGAAACAUACACGUUUGGAUAUUAGAAAAUAUUUAGCCACUUACUUAACCUUUUCUAUGUCAUAGAGGAAACUUGAGAUUUUAGCUGUCGAGAGGUGGUCCAUGACCUAGGGCUGCUUCCCUAGAUGCUCUUAGAGUGCCAGAGGUCAAGAUACCUCGAUAUAGAUCUUAGCUUUUAUAUAGUACAUCAUUGCCUUCUUAAGGUGCAGGGUUUAUUUAUUAGGCGUGCCUUCAGACCUUAUAGCGAUCAGACUAUGCCUAAGAGGAAUGGGCUGAGUUAGGUGGAUUUCAGUGGAUUUAUAAUGACUGCCAACAUAAACAAGCUCAGAGUGUUGAGUAAAGGUGAGCUGUCUUGGGAGGAGGCCCUGGCGCUGGGCCGCAGACUGAGUCAUUGUCACGGAUGGGAGCUCAGGUGGCAUAUCCAAGGAGAGGAAUUAGUACAUUGGAAGGGAGCAUCACAACCAGACCGUUUCUGAUAAGACAAAUACGGCAUAAUUGAUGACGUUUUCUUUCUUUUUUUUAAAUUGCAUAAAUGAGACCUGAUUUAAUCGCAGAUAAUGUGAAAAAGUUCUCUAGGGGUUGAAAGUGUGACUAUAGCCGAACGCCUACCACUGUCUUAGAUCAGGUGAAUAUAGAGCCCAGAGCGGGGGAGGUGAUGGUGCCGUGGGGAGACACAGUUAGAGUCUAUCUCAUUCUUCAUAUGACAUUUUUAGAGGGAGUUUGAUAUGCCCGAGCGGGAGCAAAGGCGAGGAACCAGGAGGGCAGAGGGUUUGAAAAGUGUCAGGUGGUCGAAGGAGCUGAAGAAGCUUUAUUUAAUAAUGUUGAGAUGGAACAUACCAGCAGAUCCAUAAAGGCACAUAGACUUACCUACGGUGUCCCACACUGUGGGCAGCUGGAGAAGAGACGGCUUAGGAUGUAGGCAUGGGAUUAUUAUGUGUAGCCAUCAGCUGAGUUAUCGGACAGAAGAGGGUUCUGCAUCAUUUAGCUUUCCGGGGGCGGAAUGGGAACCACUGUGUGGGGUUCCAGGACUCACCUGGCGGGGGAGGCCUCACCGGAGGAUGUGCCUGGCUUGGACGAGGCCCGAGCUCUGAGGGAAGAGGGCCUUGAAGACGGGCUAGAUCACAGGUGCGAAGACACCCUGUGAUUCUGGUGGCGCUUUAGCCCGGCAACCUUCUAACUCAGAGAUUCGGGAUAGCCUUGCUGAGAGAUCCAUUACGCUGCUGUACUUCCCAGCUCCAGUCUCAUCCUAGACGUCAUCUUUAUUGUUGGUUAGCUACCGUAUGCAUGAGGAUGUGGGAGAAUUUGCUCUGCAGACAUCCUCAGCUACCCAAAUCUACUUCAAUUCGGAGUAGGGGAUAAUUAAUCGGUAUCUCUUUGGUUCCUGAGUGGAGCUAGUGAGAGGUGCCUGCUUGGGUAUUAUUUUGUUUGGGGGAGAUUGGGCAGCAUUAGUACCAACACAACAGCAUUCAUGUCAUUCUUAAUUAUUCUUUUCCUCUCAGACUCCAUUUUUCUGUGGUCUUAACGGGAUGAUUUGAUAUUCCUCUCCUCCUUUCCUCUCUCCCAACUCCCACCCCUUUUCCGUCUCGAGCCAUUUCUGUGUCGUUUCUUGUACUGUAAACAGAGAUGAAUCAUUUUCUCUACGGUUCAGUCGAAAUAAGUUCCUCUGUGUGUCCGUGUGUCCGUGGGUGUGUAAAUACAAUGUGUACACGUGCCUAUGCCUGAGCGAUUCAGCGUGGGGCUCACCAAGCGUGUGGUGCAGUACAAACAGUGCAGUGAAAAGGAUGUUUUUGCACAGAUCUGGAACGGCUUUUUUGUGCCUUACCGAUCUGAGGCACAGAAAUUCUAAAAAAGAAAAGAGAAAAAGCCGAGGAAGCAGCAAUGUAAAAGAAACCCUGUGCAUCAUCCCACCCCCCUCCCCGCCGUGGUUUCCGUGGUGUUGGGAGCUCAGGGGCACCUCACGGGGAGAACGAGCUCUUGACACAGUGACCUCAUUCCCCAUGCCGCCCUUCUCCUGGCAGAAGCUGUGCUGGCUCCCGGGCUGUCUCUGCUGCAAGGCGGCCGGCACUGCAUCGGGAAUGAUGCGACCCAGGCUUGCAAGGACUUGCCCGGCAACUGGAAUUUAUGACAGAUACCUCGCUGCAGCUAAACUUUGAUCCGGGAUACAUUCGAACCGCCUCUUACACACAGGAGGGAGACACGUCCUUCUCUGCAAUGAAAAGCCAGCCUUAAAAAAAAAAAAAGAGAGCGCAUGUGUCAGGUUUAUAAUUAUGAACUGGUGAGCGUAUGUUACCAGAUCCUUGUUAACGUGCCUGUGUGUGUUUUCUCCAAACAUCAGGAGGUAUUUGCCCUUUUCCCUGUUUUCAUGAUGAAAAGAUCUGAGUUGGUGCUCAAUACAUGGGAGGGGGCCUGGGCUCCUUGGAGAGGAGGAUGUGCCCCUGGCAGCCCCGGGCCUGGGGUGCAUUCCCAGCCCAGAGUCUCCGCAUUGAACAGACAAAGGAGCCCCUGCCGACAACCAGAGGCUGUAGCUUUUCUUGGAGUGAUGACUCAUUUCAGCUCACAAAGGAUUCUGGGCAGGGUAAUGAGAAGUCAGGUUAGCUGACCCGGCCCUAUGACUUCACUUUGCAGAGAACAAGGCAGUAGAGGAGUGACGCUGCAGAUGCCCAAGGCACCGCAGUGGGAUAUUGGCUCAGGACCGGUGGCCACGAUAGACGGGACUAUAGGUAUGGGACGGGAUGCCAGCUGUUCCAGGCAAAUAGGAGGAAAGAACGGAAAAGAGGAUUUUUUCCCUCUAAAAUCAUACCAGCAAAGUCCAUUCAUAAAGCUUUUUAAAGGUGCUUUCUGCCAGCUUUUGAACUGAACUUGUGUCAGCAUCUCCAGCCCUGAAUUGUCAGAAGAGCUGAGAGUUGGGGGACUCAUUUUUUUUUCCAAGUAGACGUAUCAAGGUAAAGUACCAGAUUCCUGUUGGGUUCCACGUGCCCUCAGUAGCCAACCUGAAAUGCUCAUUUAGGAUAUUAUGACUUGAAAGUUUACUCUUUCUUCUUAUUCCAGAUUCUAGGACGUCCGUUUCUGUUACUGGCUCUUUCUUGUGCCUGAAUGCUACCCCCUAGCAUGCACCAGGCUUUAGUGCCAAAGCUACCUGGGGGAUGGAGCCAGUCCAGAAAGGGUCAGGUGAUGUGUCACCAAUCAGUAUGUCUCCCAUCAGUCAAUCUCAGUUUAUCCCACUCGGGGAAAUCCUUUGCUUGGCCAUCUCCGCAAUGAACUCGGCAAGAAAACCUGUCACCCAAGAAGCACUGAUGGAGCACCUGACCACCUGUUUCCCAGGUGUUCCCACCCCAAGCCAAGAAAUUCUCCGGCAUACGCUGAACACGCUGGUCCGGGAGCGGAAGAUCUACCCGACUCCAGAUGGCUACUUCAUCGUAACCCCGCAGACCUAUUUCAUAACUCCUUCCCUCAUAAGAACUAACAGUAAAUGGUACCAUUUGGAUGAGAGGAUACCUGACAGGUCUCAGUGUACCUCUCCCCAGCCCGGGACCAUCACGCCCUCUGCCUCAGGCUGCGUCAGGGAAAGAACGUUGCCCAGGAACCACUGCGACUCUUGCCACUGCUGUAGGGAAGAUGUGCACGGCGUGCACACGGCCACCCUGCAGAGGAAGACCGCCAAGGACUGCAAAGACCCGUACUGCCCUCCUUCCCUCUGCCAGGUGCCACCCACUGAAAAGAGCAAAAAUACUGUCAACUUUUCGUAUAAGACGGAAACUCUCUCCAAACCUAAAGAUAGUGAAAAGCAGUCCAAAAAAUUCGGACUCAAGUUAUUCCGGCUCAGUUUUAAAAAAGACAAGACCAAACAGCUAGCCAAUUUUUCCGCCCAGUUUCCUCCCGAAGAGUGGCCCCUGCGAGAUGAGGACACGCCAACUACUAUCCCUCGGGAGGUGGAAAUGGAGAUCAUUAGGCGUAUUAACCCAGACUUGACCGUGGAAAAUGUCAUGAGGCACACUGCACUAAUGAAGAAACUUGAAGAAGAGAAAGCGCAUAGGAGUAAAGCCGGGUCCUCCGCCCAUCACAGCGGAAGAAGUAAAAAGAGUCGGACUCAUCGCAAGUCCCACGGAAAGUCUCGGUCGCACAGCAAGACGCGAGUGUCCAAAGGAGACCCGUCAGAUGGCUCCCAUCUGGACAUCCCGGGUGAAAGAGAGUAUGACUUUUGCGAUCCUCUUACCAGGGCUCCCCGGGAAGGCUGCUUCAUCAUCGAACACAAAGGUGAUAACUUCAUCAUGCAUAGCAAUGCGAACGUGAUUGAGUCUCAUUUCCCCAUGACUCCGGAAUGGGACGUGUCUGGGGAACUGGCCAAAAGGAGAACUGAGAUGCCUUUUCCUGAGCCUUCCCGGGGAAGCUCCCACUCAAAAGUGCACCGAAGCCACAGCCAUACCCAGGACCGAAGGUCCAGGAAUGAGAGAUCCAACAAGGCCAAGGAGAGGUCCAGAUCCAUGGAUAACUCCAAAGGUCCUCUGGGUGCUUCUUCUCUGGGGAUGCCUGAAGACCUGGCUGAAGGCUGUAGCCAAGACGACCAGACCCCCAGCCAAUCCUACAUUGACGACAGUACUUUAAGGCCUGCACAGACUGUCAGUCAUCAAAGGGCUCACAUUUCGUCCACAAGCUACAAAGAGGUGUGUAUUCCAGAAAUAGUCAGUGGCAGCAAGGAACCUCCCAGUGCUUGCAGCCUCUUGGAGCCAGGCAAACUGCCCGAGAGUUUGCCAUCCUUUGGUGAACUCAACUCUUGUCCAACAAAAACAGCUGCAGAUGACUAUUUCCAGUGUAACACCUCCAGCGAGACGGUGCUCACGGCGCCGUCACCUCUGGGAAAGAACAAAGAGGACCAUGACACUCUGACCCUGGCGGAAGGGGUGAAAAAGCUGCCUCUGUCUGACAGGCAGGCCCCACAUCCCUCCAGGGAGCCUGUAGGACACAAGGAGGAGUCGCCAAAGGGGCCGGGCGGGGGCCCAGCGGCUUCGGGCACUGUGGCCGAAGGGAUUGCCAAUGGACGCCUCAUCCAGCAUCACAGUGCCGAGCCCAGCAGCCUGGACAAGAGGAAAGAGAUAUUCAGCAAAGACACACUGUUCAAACCUCUUCACAGCACCUUGUCUGUAAACAGCUAUCACAAAUCAAGCCUGUCUGUCCUCAAAUCUCACCCGAAGACACCUGCGGACACACUGCCAGGCCGAUGUGAGAAACUGGAGCCGUCCCUAGGGACCUCGGCUGCACAAGCCAUGCCAGCUUCCCAGCGUCAGCAGGAGUCAGUGGGGAACCAGGAGGCCUCUUUUGACUAUUACAACGUCUCUGAUGAUGAUGAGUCUGAGGAAGGGGCAAACAAGAACACAGAGGAGGAGAAAAACAGAGACGAUGUGGGAACCAUGCAGUGGCUCCUGGAAAGGGAGAAGGAAAGAGACUUGCAGAGGAAAUUUGAGAAGAACCUCACCCUCCUUGCCCCAAAGGAGACCGACAGCAGCAGCAACCAGAGGGCCACCCAUUCGGCGCGUCUGGACAGCAUGGACAGCAGCAGUAUCACGGUGGACAGUGGAUUCAACUCCCCACGCACUCGGGAGAGCCUGGCUUCCAACACAUCAAGCAUUGUUGAAAGUAACCGUCGUCAGAACCCUACCUGGAGCCCGGCCCACGGUGGAGCUGGCCCGGCCUUCAAUUUCCGAACAAGUACGGACAGCCCCACAAAUGAAGCUGAGAAAUUACAGAAACCUUCCAGCUGCUUGCAAGCUUCUGUUACUAGCGUGUGAUAGUCAUUCUGCCUCAGAUCUCCUGUCUCAUUCGAUACAGCCAAGUUUACGGCACUGGGACUGUUGUUUACAUCUUCGGGAAGAUAAGCAUCUCAAUGGCAGUUUUUGUGUUGACUUAAACUGUGCUGCUAAGUAGGCUAGGGCAAAAAACAACAACAACAAAAUCUUUAUUUCAGAGUAUUGCUUUUCACAUGUAUGGCUCUGUAGCAACAAGAAUAGCAGUAGGGGUGAUAUGUAUACUUUUGCUUCACUAAUUGUAACUGAGCACACAUAGGAAAGUCUAGACACUGUCAGUGUAAUAUGCAUUUUCGAUGUCAUGCAGUUGCCAAGUCCAUUCUGAAAUGCCACAGAUGCGUGUUGCUCCCAGUCUGUGACCGAGUGGUACCACAGAACACUGAUCCUUGACACUUCCAAAAACAAAAAACAAAACAAAACAAAAACUAAGCCUCCACAAAAUGUCAAAUGCAAGGGUCUACCUUUAGGGAAAUCGAUGCCAACUGACUAAAGGGGACCCCAGCCCUUCGUGUGUGAAUCGUUUAGCCCCAGUCAUUUUGCACUGUGAGUUUUCGUGACAAGAUUUUGCAGGAGCCCAUGGAAGUGUGUCAGAAGGGGUCGUGAUCCAAAUACUGGGAGUGUUUGUUUUCAGGAUUUUAAGUGUCACGGAUGCUUGUCUGAUUUUUUUAACCUUCCAUAAUCACAAACAGGAAUAUAGGCCUUGGAAUCUGAAAUGGACAAAGGAAGGGUCUCCCAGCCUGGCUGGGGCACAGCACUAAGUGAUGGGAGAGGUAACGGGGACCUGUAGAGGUGUUCAUCAGAUACUGAAGGAAGAUCAUUUCCUCCUUGUGAUACUUGACGCUGAUGCUAUCUUACUAUAAUAGAUAUGAUAAUUUGUUUAAAAUCAAAAUGUUCUUUGUGAUACAAAUGAAGACUACAGCCUAGGGACGUUAUUCUUUCUAAUGGAAGGACAUAAAUCUAUUUUAUGUAGUUUUAAAUAGAAUGCCUAAAUUAGGCUGUGGGAGAUAAUUUUUAGUGGUUAUAGGAAAGAGCAAAUUUAGGGGGAGUUGAACUUCAGGCCUUUUAUUCCUGGGAAGAUAUCUAUAGAGAAAACUUUAAAAUACUUUUUGAUUAGAAAUAUACAUGUGCCCAUGUAAUUAACAACAGAAUGUGAUCAUUCUGCAAGUGUGGUGUCAUCCUAACUUGUACACCCCUAAAAUUUAUUAGAAUGAUAAUUAUGCAUACAUGAACUAUGCCAGAGUAAUGUUUACAGAUACUUCGUAACCCGUUCCAGGAGGCAUUUUUAGGUAGAUGUAUAGUUUUUAGCCCAACUUAUUUCAGAAUGGUUUGCUAACAUUUUGCUUUGGUUUACAAUAUGUCAUGUUGAAUACAAAGAGGUUCUCAGCAGCAAAGGGAUUACACAUAACCAAGAUUCAGCCUUCUAAGAAAGAGGCACCUCCAAGUUCCCGUGUCUUAUUUUAUGAGAACCACGGAAUAAAUCUAUAGAUAACGGAAAAUUAUCCACAAAAGGGUUACAUGUGACACAAGUAAAUGGUCUGACAGAAAGUUUUAUUUAGCUAAGUGGCAUGUGAUGUUUGGAGCCAUAUACCGUAAACUAUAUAUCCAAAAAUUUUCACCCCAGAUUUCAGCAAUUGGCAUAGAAUCUGUGAAACACUUCUGCUUCAGUAUUAGGUUGAAUCACUAGCCAUCUGUCUAAAGCAUGGAGUCAUAUACACAGUUGAACUGUUUCUUGAAACAUUUGGGUCCUUCCUCAUGCUUUUUCAGAUAUCUGGAAGUUGCAUUGGGUCAAACUGGACUCAUCAAGUUUAGCAUAGAUUCCUUUUUUUGUGCUUACAGUGAAACGUGAGCACGUUUCUUGGCAAACUCCCGCACCUUUAAGAUGCUUAAGUCAGUUGGCUUUCAGUCUCAUGCCUUAUUUCCUCCAAGGCAUGCCUUGAUUGCUCAGAAAUGCACUCUUCUCUCACUGCUUAAAUUUGUCUGGGAGGAAUGAUAAUGUAUCAGAUAGACUAUACAGAGUCUGCUUCCUUGGGGAGUUGUAUGCCACACAAUUACUAAAUUCUUCUAAAUUCUUUUUUUUCCCCGAAACCCUGCCCUCCAGCGUCUGUCAUACUAUCAGUUCAUAAAUAAUAGAACCAUUGAAACAAUACAUCAGCCUCUAGUUGAUCCUCCUAAAGUAGCCAUUAUAAUAAUCAAAUACUGUGUGAACAGGAAAGGAAAGCAUUACCUUUAAGAGAAGCUUUAAAAUAUGGAUUUAUCAAUAUUUCACAAGAAAUAGGUUUACAGAAGACAUUGGAAUAAAAUGUGUACCACGCUUUGCCUGAUGCUAUGAGGUACAUGAUUAAAAAAAAAAAAAAAAAAAACUCCCUUAGACCAGCAGCCAUUAGCAUAGAAAUGAUGGACUUCAAAGAGGAUAUGAUGUGAGCAGACGUUCCACGUAGAAAUAUGCCCGUCUGAAUCGAAUCGGGAUUCUUGAACGGGGGAGAAGCGGUGGCGGGAAGCACAUUACAAAUAUGACCCUAGAUGGUCUGCAGUGAUGUUCUCAGUGACCCACUCCAAGCUUUGCCAGCAUCCUUUUCCUCCAGGAAACGAUAGCUUUGUGGCCCAUGGCUGCUUAUCUAGACUUCACUUAGAGUUUAUCAACUGAAAGGUUUACAAAACUGAAUCUGGUUGAAUCUCUGUGUAGUGUUCAACUUUAAAGGGUCAACCCAUCUGUCGGCAUUUUGCACACGUAUGUAUUAUUAUGAUACAGCAUAUUACUUUAUGGUAAUUUUUAUUUUUACAUAUAACUACCUCCAUAAAUUUGAUGAAGCGGCAGCAGUGCGUUCAAGUGUAUUGUUUGGAAAAGCAAAGUUGAAAACUUUCUUAACCAUUAGGCCAUGGCGUUCUGUGUGUGUGUCAGUGAUUACGUGGACUUGUGACUGUUUCAUUGCCAUGGUUUUUCUCUGACGGCAUUAUUUCACUCUCAUCUGUAAACCUGUCUCUCUUCUUCCCCACAAAAGCACACUUGAAUUUGUUGUGAAUGAAAAAAGGAAGUUUAAAUUUCUUGUCUCCCCUGCCCCGGCUCCUGCCACCAGCCCCGGACCUCAUUCCUGCUACGAGUUCUCUCCGGCGAAGAGCCACUUGAUAAUCAUAAUUUAGCAAGCUAUUGACUCCUAUAAAAUCUGAUCUGAAUUCUAGGUUUUCGGUCACAAGACACACCAGAAAUUUGGACUGCCAACUUCGAAGCACUUUGGGCCUCACUACUUGCAUGCUACCAUAUCGAGCUCAGACUUCAUUUGAAUUAAAAGAGCUGUGCGUUGUAUCCACAACUUCUGUUCCAUAACUCGUAUUUCAUUUUAUAUAUUUUGCACAUCUCAGGGGAUCUUCAUAAGCAUAUGAAAAGGGGGAGGGGUCCAUCAAAAAAAGGAAACAAGAAGAGCAGAAAAAGGACUUAGCUGGAUAAAAUUAACAAAUGAAGGCUUCUCCAGUGUUGUGAAGUUCAAGUUCAGGAAGCAUCCAUUGAGAGUUAAUCUGGAGUCACAACAAUCUGAACACCAGCUGUUCCCCAGUCUCCCUUUUUCAUAACCCAACCAGCAUUUCUAAAAUAUAAAUUUAAAUUAUAUUGCAGUCACCAUGGGGAGAAAAAAAAACAA